UCGUAAGUAUGAACAUUCGAGGAAAUGCAAAUGCAGGUCGUAAUGGCGAAAGAAGCUAGAUAAGGGAAUUAGUAGUAAAGAAAUAAAUUUAAAUUGGCCACAGGCAGCAUUAUUUCUAAAAUGCAUGGGUAUAAUAAUGCGGCCUUAAAGUCGAAUGAGAAAUGUAUUAAAGGAAUAGUCGAUCGGUUGUCGUAACGAGUACAGCAGAGUGUUACAGCUAUUUCCAUAAAAAGACAGGGAAAUUUCCCACUCUAUGUUUACCCACUCGUCCCUCAUCUUCGUGCAGUGGAAAUUGGAAUGGUUAUUUCUUACUGCGGUUGAGCAUCAGGAGUGGCGGCUCGACUGAAUGAUUUCAUCGUUAUUUUAAGUUUUACGGAGACGGUGUGCAGAGUGCAGUGGAGAUCGACGUAAAAUUGACACGUAAAGAAUGGAAGAUAUAUUUCAAUGGUGUCGGGAGGGUAAUGCGAUGCAGGUUCGCGUUUGGCUUGACGAUACCGAACAUGAUAUGAAUCAAGGAGAUGACCAUGGAUUCAGCCCUCUUCAUUGGUGUUGUAAGGAAGGGCAUGCAAAACUGGCUGAGUUACUAGUCAGUAGAGGAGCUCGCAUCAAUGCAACGAAUAGAGGCGACGAUACACCGUUGCAUCUAGCUGCUGCUCACGGACAUAAAGAAAUUGUGCAACUGUUGCUGAGGAACAGAGCAGACGUUAACGUUACCAACGAGCAUGGGAAUACGGCGCUUCAUUAUGCAUGUUUUUGGGGAGAUCAGGCGGUUGCCGAUGAUUUAGUGGCUGCUGGUGCAUUGGUGUCGAUUGCAAAUAAAGAUAGCGAUACACCGCUGGAUAAAGCUAGAGGACCUCUUGCCAAACGAUUACACGAUCUCGCGGUUGAAUUUGGGCAAGAUUUAAAAAAGAUUCAAUUCAAGGACCAGAGUUGGCUUGGCCUUAAAACGAGGAGCCGCGAUGCAACUUUAUCGAGACAUAAAGGAAUCAAUAUGGCAGAUUUAUCGUUGCACACGCAAUUAGCUGUAUCUCCGAGUGGAGAAACGUGGAGAGGGCGUUGGCAGAACAAUGACAUUGUUGCGAAAAUUUUAAGUGUACGCGAAUGUUCAGCACGAAUUUCCAGAGAUUUUAACGAAGAGUUUCCUAAACUUAGAAUAUUUUCACAUCCAAAUGUACUUCCAGUUUUGGGCUGUGUCAAUCAACCCCCGAGACUCGCCACCGUUUCACAAUAUAUGGCAAGAGGUAGUCUACAUCGUUUAUUACACGGUGGCACUGGUGUAGUAGUCGAUACAGCACGAGCAUUACGUUUAGCACUCGAUGUUGCGAGAGCCAUGGCAUUUUUACACGGUCUAGAGAGGCAAAAUCGAUGUAGAUUUCAUUUAAAUAGUAAACACGUUAUGAUUGACGAAGAUUUAACGGCGCGAGUUAAUAUGGCCGACUCGAAAUUUUCGUUCCAAGAAGUUGGUCGGAUUUAUGAACCAGCUUGGAUGUCCCCAGAAGCUCUGAGUAAAAAACAAUCUGAUAUAAAUUUAGAAGCAAGCGAUAUGUGGAGUUUCGCUGUUUUAUUAUGGGAACUCGCUACUAGAGAAGUUCCAUUUGCUGAUUUAUCUCCCAUGGAAUGCGGAAUGAAGAUCGCUUUGGAAGAUCUUCGAGUUAGUAUACCACCAGGGAUUUCACCACAUCUUGCAAAGCUUAUUAGAAUUUGCAUGAACGAAGAUCCAGGAAAACGUCCCUCCUUCGAUAUGGUUGUACCAAUUUUAGACAAAAUGAAACGUUAAA